AUGGGAUGUUCAACGAGCGCGACAUCCGGCAAAGGCAGCGGAACUCGUUUAAUCGCAACGAAGCUUACAUUUACAUGUGAGCAAUUGGAAAAUCUCAAUGGUUUUUUUCGGAAAACAGUCGAAUCUGCUAUUAAUGAUACAGGUAAUUAUUAUUAUUAUAUGAAAAAAAUAGAAGCAAUUGUUGAGAGAUUAAUGCAACGUCUGUUAACAACGGUAGGAAAUUUAGAUCCCAGAUUUUCUUCAAUGUUUUUGGUAUCUUUGAAUGAAAAUCGUCGAGUCAAGCAAUUGAAAUUCGAGUAUUUACUCCGUAUUGAUGCACUCUCAAGUCCAUCGAUCGAUCCGAACAUAAAUACAGCAACAGUAGUAAGUGUAGAAGAAGAUGCAGCUUUACCAGGAUUUGCAAGACUUGGUAUUCGUGGAGUAGACAUUGAAUCGUGGGUUGAGUUUCUCGGUCCUGGUGGAAGAUUGAGGAGAGAUCUCGUGAAAGCCAAACUCGUAAACUUAUUGGCAGCUGCUACAAAACAAGAAACAAUUAAUAUGAAUGAACGAACGUGUCAAUCGCCUGGACAAAUAGUCGAUGCAGAAACACUUGAUAAAAUUCUCAAACAACCUGAUCACUGUCGUAUAUUUUACGGACCUGCUGCUGCGGAAAAAGAGCUAUUGCCGGGAGAUUAUCGUAUAGUUUUGGUGGAAGAUGCUUCUGGAAUACUCAUACGCAUCGGUUUUAAUGCUUUCAAAACACGUGAUGUUGAAGUAAGAUUACUGAUCGGUGUCGGUGUAUCAUUGUGGUCAUCGUUAGCUGAUUAUCCAGGUCGUAUUCCAUUGUAUCAUUGUGAUGCCCUGCUUCAUUAUACUGCCGCUCAGAGUGGGAUGUACGCAGUGGCAGUAGGUCCUUAUCCCAGUGCUCGUUGUGAGGAUCGUGCAACACUUUGGCGUCUUCGUGCUCCAGCUGCCGAGACAAUCAUGAGUCAGCAUUAUUCAGACGAAAGUGUACCAACGUUGACGGAAUCUGUGCUCAUGUAUAUAUUAGAUCAACUACGUGGGAGAUUACCAUUAAAUUUAUCCAUGAAACAAAAAGACAUACUGAGAGUGGUAACACGUCACAUUGUACGUACGAUACACUGGUGGUCACUAGAGAGAGCAGGGCCAGAUCCUCUAAGGGGUUGGUCUCCUGACAGUCUCUCACGUCACGUUUUGCUGGCACUCGACGAAUUGGUCACUGCCCUCAGGUGUCAGAGUUUGCGGUGUUACUUUCAUCCACGUUGCAACGUGAUGUUGCAGUGUGCCAAAGGAGGAAUUCUUCACCAUGAAGAUUCUUAUGUCUCAGAUGCACGUAUUUUGGAAUUGUAUCUACUUACCCUUCACCAGUACUCGUUGAACUUGACUUCAGUAGAUCCUCGACCAAGUGACAUUCUCGAGAGUGAACUGAUUGUGCGCUGGCGCCACGUAAUGGCCUCUUUACCUCGUGGAACUAUGGGAGGACACUAUGGUUACAGUACCCGACAAUUGACGUACUUAGGACUUGUUAUAAACCAAGUUCUCAAAGUAAAAGAACUCGCAAUGCAGAAUUUAUUAAAUGAGUGUUCAUUUUUGAAUUUGUCACUGAGAACCGAUGCGAGAUCCAGCCCAAUUGAAAAUUUAGUUUAUUUACUAACUUUAGUACUGAAACAAGCAAAGGAUCAGAUCUACGCAAUAAUAGAUCGCCAGCAAAAACAUAUGAAAUAUAGUAAUAAAAAUAAUUCAACAUACAUAUCAUCGAAAAUGAAGAAGCAGUAUCAUACAACGUACAAUUAUUUCGAACAUUCAGUGGAUAUAUUAAUUGACAUAGUUCGCCGUGAUCGUGAGACGGCAUAUACUGAUCUGGAGAAUGACGCAAUAAUGUCAAAGAGUCUCUUGAGAUGGCUGUACUUUGGAAUGGAAUACGACAAGAAAGUCCUCGGGCAUAUUCUCCGACCAUAUCUGGGUAAUCUCUUCAACUCGUCUCACGAGAAUGCCUGGCACGUGGAAUCCUGGCGCAAGCGACAAGACAUUUACAAUACUGAAAUGCGAUCAUUGUCUCUCUUUUGUAAACUAGUAACAACUCAAGAGGUAUCACCGGCCAAUGGUAUUGUUGAAUCGUUGUCCAAAGGCUGGUCUUGGGCAGAGCAGACAAUCAACAUGAUUGAACGAUCUCCAGCAGAACAUGGUUUGAGACUAGUAUUCAUUACACCUGAACAAGUUAUGAAGUACAGUUUGACAUUUACCAACAAUCGAGGACUAAGUGCUUUUUCAAGUUGGAGCAAAGCUCGUAAUAUUGGUAAUGCUACAAGACGAGCUACUAUUGCAAGGACUACUAUGAUUACUGCUACUGACUCUUUACCUAAAGCCACAAAUGUUCAUCUUGAUAAAAUCAAUAAAGAUCAUGCCAGUCAUGUUGAUCUGCGAGACUCGAGUCCCUUGACGUACGUCGUUUCGAUAAAUCGUCGACGGGGUCGACAACGAGGCCCUGGAGGAUUAAUACCAGCUCUUGUAACUCUCAAUAAAUUUCGGAUACUUCAAGAGGCUGCGGCUGUAUUACCUCAUGAAGAGAGAAUCGCAAUGCUGGAUGUAGUUCAAAGGGUAUCUAGGGAGGCGUCCCGACGUCUGCGAAAAACUAGCUGUCCAGAUCUGAGUGCUUCAAACGGCCCGAAGCAAACGUAUACGCCCAGAUCGGACGUUGAAUUAAUGGAAACCCCAUUAUCACGUUUAUCACCGAACUCUCGUCAGCGUGGAAUAAUAGAUGAACAUCAAAAGCAAUUGCGUCGUGAAAUAAUGGAGAUACAUGAUACAUUAACGCGUGGAUUGAGGCCGAGAAAUUGUAUCCCAGCAGCAUGGGAUUCAACUUCAAUGCUCACUUGGACAUCGUCUACUCGGUCAGCCGGCAAAAAUAGAUUCAGGAGAAAUCGAAAUCCUGUUUGGGAUAGUAUCAGAGGUACAUCGACGAUGUGGGACCGGAUUAGUACCGAUGGGAAUUUUGUCGCUAAGAGUAAAUCUGAUGAGAUGUUAAGCCGGGAGGAGUCACCCAAGUGGAGUAACUCGAAUAGUCGUCAGUCAAGAAGUGAAACGGGUCUUAGCGAAGAUGAGAUAUUACCAUCCUGGGAUUUUCUUGAGUCAACACUUAAUCGAAAGCUCCUUCAUUACGACCGAACAGUCUCCGAUCCUGAAGAUACCGUCAGAGAUAAUAUAUCAAUAAUAUAAUAUACCAUUUAUAUCGUUAU